GCCUGGAGCUCUGCCAGAGUGGGAAAUUGGCCCCUUUGAGUGGCCGCCGACGGCUCGCCAGCGGCAUAUUAAAGUCACGAGGCUGGGAUCUGCACUGCGACAGGGCAGGAGCGCCCAACAGUAGUUCCAAUGGUUAGCACGGCGUGCCCUGUCCGGCCUGUUCGUGCGAACUGCAGACAGGAAGCAAAAGCAGAACCGGAAGCAACCAGAAGCAGAAAGACGACAGGGCCCUGUGCCUCGUACGCCCACAAGUGCCGCAUUUUCCAAGUGAAAAGGCGUCCAGCUCGUUCCAUCUAACAACUUUUCGUCGCCUCGCAUCCUCAAAGACGCCAGGAAAACGCAGCCGCACGGCGUCUGAGCCCCGUGCCGUGCUCUCGAGCUGUCGGCGAGCAAGACUGCAACAGCUGGCACAGAGCGGGGGCGGAGGCGCAACCGACGACCACCACCAUGGAUGAUUACAUGUUCCGCUACUACAUUGACGAGUGCCGCGUCGUGGAGGAGUCGACGACCUAUGUUGAGAUAUUCAACUACUCGGUCAGUCGACCUGGGGGCCUCAUCUCGUUUCAUGUAACAAUUGCUCAUGCCAGCCCCUCAGGAUCCGUUCUACAACUCAUGCGAGGAGCACGCGCUGACGCAAGAUGAGUUUGACAACUUCCUGUACCAGAGGGGCGCUUUCGCGCCCCCCGACAAGAUGCGCGAAGGGACGAAGCUGCUCAGCGGGCUCCGGCUCGUCGUCCAAAAGAACGCCAAUCACAAGGACACCUUCAUGUCCAAAGUCAUAUCCUUGCCCAAGAGCUCUUAUGAGCGAAUGGUUCGCGUGCUCAAGCUUCCGUUCCGCGCCAUUGAAACGACGGCGGUUGUCGGGCCGUUCUUUUGGUGCGCUCACGACCAGGAUGACGACGACCCUCAUCUGCAAAUUGUCCACCGCAAGUCAGACGUCCGUAAGAAGGGCAAGACGCGCGGAUGGGAGAUGAUGCUGUCCCAUUCCUUCAAGACCAACAUCACCACUGGCUUCAUCAAGGGCACGCCUAGCUCGGACAUUGUUAAGACCAUAGACCAUGCGCGGGCUUGCGCGGCGCAAAUCGGGCAUCCGAUGCUCCUGCCCAUCAUCAUCCUCUCGUACGACCUCUCCCCGACACACGACCAAAAGCAACGCGACGCCCGCGACUGGCUUCGUCGACUGGAGAAUGCGGUCAGUCUUCGAGACGAGGUGGAGCAGCACGAGCAGUAUUUUCAGGACGGCCUGCUCGAGGUGGACGGGCUUAACAGGGACCUCGUGGAGUGCCAUAGUCACGUCAUGUGGAAGCGGCCGCAGGCAUACUGGGCGCUGGCCAAGGAGAUGGAAAGGGCGAUGGAGAAGUUUCGCAGCAAGUGGAACUCCAUGAAGCCACCAAACGACCUCAUGAACGAGCCUGAAAAGAUGCACAGGAAAGAAAUUGACAAGCUGCACAGGAGUAUGCAGGCAAGACUCGAAUUCUACAAGGUCAAGAUCAAGGGGCUUGAGAACUACAUCCACACGACGCUCGAAAGGCUCAAGGUACAACGCGAGGCGUUGUAUAACAUCAUGUCUCAGAGGGAAGCCAGGCUGAACCUCGAGAUUGCCGGAGAGCAGCGUCGCAUCGCGCACGCGAGCAAGCGAGACAGCACGGCCAUGAAGACCAUAUCGCUCAUGGGUGCCCUGUUUCUUCCGGGCACUUACCUUGCAUCCGUCUUCAGCAUGACAUUUUUCAACUUCCAGACCGAUGCGCACCCCAUUGUCGCAUCGCAGCUGUGGAUCUACUUUGCCAUCACGGUCCCCGUCACCGCCGCCAUCGUCGGCUCAUGGUGGUGGUUCGACCGUCGUCGCGAGGCGCAGUACAUGCUCGACGACGCGGACCUGGAGAAGAACAUUGACAAGAUGGAAAAGGACAUCAUGUUCCACCUGCGGAAGAGAACGAUGAGCAAGGCGAAUACCUGGAACACCAUAACGUCGCCCACAAGAGAGUAGUAACUAGCGGCGACGAUGAAUGUGAUGGUGACAUGAAAGCGGCAGCCACAGCACGCAUGGAGACUGCGAGCGAGCAUAAAGAACUUGAGUUUUGGAUCACGGACGAUUAGGCUGGUUUUCUGGUAUAUGUUUUUGUCCCCUCCUUCACCCAUGAUGACUCACGAUUUAUGACGUUGGCAUCAAAACGCAGCAUCAUACAUGUAAAGCCUCAAUACAUAGCAGAAUACAGACAGAGAGUGGUUUUGGAGGGGCCUGUUUCAGAGUUAACC